UCUAUAGUCUGUAAACAAUACUGAAUGAUAGGAGCCAUUCGUAUCUCAAGUCACACGUAUCUGAAGGAUAAUUAACAUAAUGUAUCUCAAGCAAUUGUAAGCCCAAUGGCGUAGUAGUAUUUAAUUAAUUAGCGUGAAGUGUUCACUGUUAUUUUGACGAUAAUUUUUGACAAUAAAAGCGAUCAAUAGUUGAUGAUUGCGUUAAUCUACAUGGGCGAUAACAGCAGCUUAGAUGACGCAGUCUUGAUUACUCCUGGUGUCUUCGGGCCUGGCAGCAGCCCAGCACUGGCAGUAGCGAGGCGGUGGUGCACGGUGGCGCUGGCUCGCGGACCGCUGACUAGCAACCUCCGAACACCCGCGAGUCAAACCCAGGCACAAUGUCGAACGAAGAAAAAGGCGAGAGCCACACGCACAAGCCGGUGGACUUGGACAACAUCCUGGUAGAGGAGGUGGGCCAGUUCGGGAAGUACCAGAUCGUGACGCUGCUGCUCGCUGCCUUCCCUGUCAUAUUCUCCGCGUUCGCCUCCGGAGAAUAUAUCUUCACGACCGCCAGGAUACCCACCAGAUGUUUGAUCCCGGAAUGUGACGGCGAGAACCCUGAAUUCUCCCCGGAAUGGCUGUCCAAUGCCAUCCCCGCGAGUGGCAGCGGCUUCAGCUGGUGCACUGAAUUCGAGCGCAGUAACGUCACGGUGGAUGUGGUGGAGGGCACCUGUCCUGCGGCACUGUUCAAUCCUCCGCGGGAAAUGGAAUGCCAGAAGCAUAUUUACCAGAACCAGCUCAGUGUUGUUUAUGAUUUCGGCAUGGCGUGCGACGAGUGGAAGCGCUCCCAGAUCGGGUCCAUCCGUACUAUAGGCACGUUGUUGGUGCUGCCCAUCACCGGGUACAUCUCGGACCGCUGGGGGCGGCGCGUGGCGCUUACCAUCAACGCCUUCAACACCGGCUGGAUCGGUCUCGUGCGCUCCUUCGUCAACUCCUACGAAUGGUUCCUUGCGUUGGAAGUACUAGAGUCCUCAGUGGGCGCUGGCGCGUACUCUUCUUGUUAUAUUCUAGUGACGGAACUGGUGGGUCCUAAGUACCGUGUGAUAGCUGGUGCCACGAUCUCCACGCUGUUCGCUCUCGGGCAAGUGAUCCUCGGGUUUAUCGCGUGGGGAGUGCCCGCGUGGCGGCCGCUCACACAGGUCCUGUACGCGCCACGCCGCGUUGGUCGUCAGCUACUUCUGGAUCCUCUCGGAGUCCGUCAGGUGGCUGAUGAGUAAGGGUCGCUAUGAAGAGUCGGAACAGAUCUUGAAGAAAGUGGCUAAAACCAAUAACAAAGAACUGUCUGACAAGAGUUUGGAAGCAUUACGAGCUACCGCCGAGGCCGAAAAGAACACCGUGAAGCCGAAGGAGCCGUGGCUGGUGGUGCUGGUGUUCAGGUCGCGUGUGAUUCUGUCUCGGUGCCUGGUGUCACCGAUCUGGUGGAUCACGAACACGCUGGUGUAUUACGGAAUGAACAUCAACUCGGUGAACAUGUCGGGCAAUGGCUACCUCAACUACGUGGCGGUGGCGGCCAUCGAGAUCCCGGGCUACUGGACUGCCAUCCUACUGCUGGACCGCAUCGGCCGUAAGCCGGUGCUCAUUUGCGCGUACUGGCUGUGCGCAGCGUGCCAGUUCUCAUUCGCUUUCAUGCCUGAAGGUAACGAGGGUAUCCAGUUGGCGCUGUACCUGUUCGGCAAGUACUGUAUCGCUAUCGUGAUGACCUCUGUGUACGUGUACACCGCGGAGCUGUACCCUACCAAGUACCGACACAACCUGUUCGCGUUCUCCUCCAUGGUGGGCCGACUGGGAUCCAUCACAGCGCCGCUAACGCCAUCUCUUGCUACAGAAGUUUGGGGGCCGUUCCCUUCGGUCCUAUUCGGCAGCUUCGCUCUACUGUCCGGACUGCUGAUCUUCACGACGCCGGAGACGCUGGGCACCAAGCUACCAGACACCAUUGAGGAUGCGGAACAGCUCGGCAAGAAAACAACCACGUGAUCUCAUUUCUUAUGUACUCAUUAUUAGAUAAGUAAUACAUAUUGUUAAUCUACGUAAUAAAUAUAUUUUGUUAA